CAGAUGUUGAGAAACAAGGGACUUUCAAGUGGACUGAUGGUGAAGAAGUUCUAUUCACUCACUGGAAUUCAGCAAUGCCUGGAAGAAAGCCAGGGAAGUGCAUCUGGACUAUGGCAUGUUCAGGACUGUGAAGAAAAGGCAAAAUUUCUCUGCAAACAACCAGCUGAAGCAAUGACCCUUCAUCCUUCUGUUCCAGAAGAAAAAUCUUACUUCAAAUGCCCCAUGGGUUGGGAUUCAAACAAUAAUAUCAGUUCAUGCUUCAAACCUUUUGUGAGAGAAGGAAACCAAAAGAAAUCAUGGCUUGAAGCUCGAGAUUUUUGUAGAGAGAUAGGAGGAGAUCUGGCUGCCAUCAAUAGUGAAGAAGAACAACAAGUGAUACAGCAUUCAAUAGUGGACAAAGAACUGUCAUUUCGGCCUUUCUGGAUUGGUUUAUUUUGUCUGGAUCCUGAUGAGGGCUUUUUUUGGAGCGAUAGCUCUCCAAUGAGGUACAAAAACUGGUAUAAUGCUGAACCGAAUAAUGAGCAUGGAAUUGAAUAUUGUGGAACAGUCAAUGAAGAAUUUUCCAUGAACUGGAUUAACACACACUGUGAACAUUUUAAUGAUUGUAUUUGUCAAAUAGAGAAAGGAACACCACUUAAACCAGAAUAAACAAGUUCUUCUGCCAAGUAUGAAGUCACUGAAGAUGGAUGGAUUAUAUAUGGGGGCAAGCAGUAUUUUUUCAGCACAGAAAGUGUCCCCUUGGAAAAAGCUAGGCAGUUCUGCAAGAAGAAUUUUGGAGACCUUGUUGUCAUUGACAGCAACAGUGAAAGUAAGUUUCUAUGGAAAUAUAUUUUAAGAAAUGUCCAAAAGGAGUCAUAUUUCAUUAGUUUAAUUCUGAGUGUCGAUCAACAGUUUACCUGGAUGGAUGGAAGCCCAGUGCACUAUGUAGCUUGGGCAAAGAAUGAGCCAAACUAUGCAAAUGCUGAAGAAAAUUGUAUGGUCAUGUAUAAAAACUUCGGUUUGUGGCAUGAUAUCAACUGUGGUAAUCCAAAUGCCUUUAUCUGUGAAAGGCAUAGUAGUAGUACUGUAAACUCAACAUUUGCUGUGACAGCACCUUCUCCUCCAGGAGGGUGUCCUGAAAGUUGGCUUUUGUUUAGAAACAAGUGUUACAAAAUGUUUGGCUCCAGAGAUGAAGAUAGAGUUAUGUGGAUUCCUGCACGUAGAACAUGUGCAAAGUUUGGAGGAAACCUGGCUAGCAUACCUAAUGAACAAGUGCAAGCUUUCCUCACUUACUACUUAAGAGAUGCCAAAACUGAUACCUGGAUUGGAUUGAAUGAUAUAAAUUCUGAGCUCAACUUUGUUUGGGCAGAUGGAAGUGGUGUCUACUACACCAACUGGAUUACAGGUUCACCUGUAGUUGGAGAAAUAACCUUAUAUGAUUCUCUGCAGCCAGAGACUGGCAACAAUCUGCUUCAGCUGGAUUGUGUUGUUGUGAAAACAGGUCCUGUUGAUAAGAUAGGGCAAUGGAAGGAUGAACCAUGUUAUGAAGCCAGAGGAUUUAUAUGCCAGAUGGACAGUGACCCUAAACUGUCUCAUUCCCCAACAACGAUUCCUGCCUCUGACUUUACUCGUUGUGGUGAUAGUAGCUAUUUAGUCAUCAGUUCCAAAAUGAAAUGGGAAGAGGCGCAAAAAUCCUCAGAACUUGCCAGUAUUUUAGAUCCCUACAGCCAAUCAUUUCUGUGGCUCCAGGUGUUAGAAUAUGGAGAGCCUCUAUGGAUUGGUCUUAACAGCAAUGUGACCAGUGGCAAUUACAAAUGGAUCGAUAAGUGGAGAAUGGGGUAUUCUAAGUGGGCCAGUGACGAGCCAAAGCAGACAGUAGUUUGCGUCUAUCUAGACCUUGAUGGAACCUGGAAGACAGCAUCUUGUGAUCAAAAAUACUUCUCUGUCUGUAAACAGUCUGAUGUUAUGGCCCCUACUGAUUCUCCACAACUCUUUGGAAGAUGCCCUGAAUCAGAGGAACACAGAACUUGGGUUCAUUUCCGCAGUCAUUGCUACUACAUCGAGUCCUCGUAUACAAGAAACUGGGCCCAGGCUUCCCGAGAAUGCACUCAAUUAGAUGCUACUUUGGUUUCUGUAGAAGACCAUGCUGAAUCCAUCUUUCUGUCACAUAGCAUAAAGCCACUUGAAAGUAAAAUAACAAGCUUAUGGAUAGGAAUGAGCAAAAAUGUGAAUGGUCAGUGGUUAUGGAGAGACAACACUGCAGUGGAUUUUGCCAACUGGAAUGAGGAAGAGCCUUCAAGUUAUGGUAAUGAGAAGUGUGUCGAAAUGUAUGCAUCAUCUGGGUACUGGAAUGAUGCUCAAUGUUCCUACAAAAGAGGAUAUAUUUGUAAAGAUCAGAAAGUAAGUAUUAAAACAGUAUUGACUGAGGAGCCACCAGAGAGGAAAGGAGAGAAAAAGGAUGAAGAGGUUUCUAGAUUACCCACCAACAUCACUUGGCUUGUAAUUAUUCUGGUCAUUCUGAUUCUAUCAGGAUCUGGAUGCGCAGCCUAUUUCUAUGCCAAGAAAAAAAACCAAGACAACUUCUUACCUAUUGGAACUCGAAUGAGUGAUACAAAAGAAUCUGCCGAUAACCAGGAGCAAGAUGAGCAUGCUGUUGCCUAGUGGGAUAAAAUGAUUGAAUAAUAUGUCUAAUAUUAAUAAAAGUAUGCAAUUGGAAUAAGUGAAUCUUAGGCCAACAUUGCUUUCUCUUACCAAAUAGUAGUCUGUUUCACAGUCUCUGCAUGU